AUGCCUCGUGGAGUAACUUUUAAAAGAUUUUCUCAUAAUUCUGCAGCUGAUUUGCACUCCCCCACAGUUAAAAAUUACGACUCUGCGACGUCGAACCAAUUCCAUUCUUUUGUCGUUACACGGGAAAAUGGUUCUCUCUAUUACGGAUUCGUCCUGACCUAUCAUAGAAGGGUAUGGGAAACAGAUGUUAUUAACUAUUUCAGGGGUCAAAACGUACUUUAUUUAGCUAAUUUGAGCAGGAAAGCUCUCCUGGAAAUAAACGAAUUAUCGGUAUCAGGACACGAAAAGUCGAAAAUGGUCGGUGAUAUUCGGCAAAAUAACGAAGAUUCUGACGGAUUUACGAAUGAGAAGGAGUCCGAACGAGCCAAGUCGAACGAUGUUAACCUCGCUUCCGAUGCUACCGUCGACUCGGAUUUUCCAGGAGUCAACUACCCUAACGCUACUCCUAUCGACUAUUACAAGUGUUAUUACGAUUCGAACAGUGGGACGAAUAAAGAAACCAUUUCUCCCCUCAAAAUGAGCGAUAAGAAAAUCGAGAUGACUUAUUCGAUGGAAGGCGUGUCAGAGACUGAAGCAAAUAACCUAUCAAAAGAAAGUAUUAAAGAGGAAUCGUUCGAAUCCGAUCGUGAUGAAAACAACAACGAGCUUCCUAAAACUGAAGAACGUAUUCGUAAAAAAAUUAGCCGUCAUAAGGGUAAUAAUGAUGUGAUAAGAAUGGGAAAGUAUUCUAGCCAUUUCGACGAACACGAUUCGAGGUCAUGGUCCUUUUCUAUACCUCAAGUAGAGCGCCAACUGAAGAUGACGGAUAAUACGAAUGAAAGACAGUUGCUAUUGAAUGCCUCGAAAAACAAUUAUUUUGAUGACAUGAACUUAUACGAUAGUGACACGGAUACGCUGUACGUUUCCGAGUGCGUGUGCCUCUUGUCUAGAAAUCCGAUUGCUGGUGCCUACAAGAAGAUUUUGAACCUUAUUUUCGAUAUAGUAUCACUCCAAAAGAGCGACAAACGUGAAGAUACUCAGAGAGUCAACGUCACUCAAAAUUCGCCGAAUCUUAACGCGGAAACGAAUUUAUUACAUCGCCAUUCCAAUAAGAACGACACCCUGCCAAUCAUAACCCUUACAAGACCAACUCAAGUCGACCACAACGACUUGCUAAACACCGCAAAAGAUUCUGCGCCGUGCUCUAUGACAUCUAAUGGCGAUGCGGAAGAGGAGGAAAAUUUGAUCUACCAACCCUCCGCCCAAAAUUAUAAAUCGACAAUUUUGGAGAAGGUUUGCAGCGAAAUAUUGUGUCGCAUAAGUUUUCCUCAUCCGGGAACGUACAAUAUACUGAAAAUUUUUCCGGAGCUUUUAGGGGAGCAAUACGCCAUUGAAUAUUACAACCCGGGUCACCAAGAAUUGCCCUUCUUCGAUUACGAUAUAGUUCAAGCACUCUCUAUUUUCGACAUCAAAAUGUUCCUAAAUAUUUUCACCUGUUUGCUCAUAGAAAAACAAAUUUUGAUUUGUCCGGAGGAAUUAGCCAAUUUUUGCGAGACUCUUAAAGCCCUGUUGUACCCUUUUAUUUGGAACCACGUGUACGUACCAUUACUGCCAUCUAGUCUGCAUCAUUUUAUCGAAGCCCCAGUUCCUUUCUUAAUGGGAUAUUUGUUUUCCACGGUGUCUGACGAGAACGCGGGAUUCGUGGAUAAAAUUAAACUGAUGCCUAACUUAUGCCUGGCCAAUUUGGAUACCGGUUUUGUAAAGUUUCCCGACAACGAUGACAAUACGUUGCCAGAGUUCCCGGAUCAAAGAAUAUUCGCCAAAGAACUAUUUCCUUUUCUAAGGUGCGGUCAAGGCCUCGUAAAAAAUAAACUUGUCUCGAAUACGAUUAUCCGCACUAUUUUCGCGCUCAGGUUCGCGCGUAUUUUCCGAAACUCCGAGAGUUUUUUCGUGGAAAAACAUGGAACGUUCGAUUGCCAAGCUUUUAUCUGCGACCAGAAUCCUUCCUUCGCGCCGUUUUUAGCCGCCUUCCUCGAUACCCAGGCAUUCACGGGACUGCAUAGAACGAGCGGUGAGUCAGAUGAGUGGCAUCUCUCAUUUUUUCAAACACUGACCCGUCAAUGUAUAGAAGACAGCAAUUUUGAACAAGAGGAUGGAGUUUGCCCGAUUAAUCAUAUCGACGAGAAAGGAUCGAAGGAAGGGAACGGAGAAAUUAUGCAAGAGGGUGUUUUCGCCUCGACAUUACGGGAUUGUAACAUAAAUGAAAAUGUUCUCAAAAACGCUGUUAUAUAUACAGAACAUAUGUUGGCAGAGCGUUACAAGCCCGAAAAUCAAAAAAUUAUUGAUCUGCGCGUACCUCAAACUGUGGCAGACAUCUCUGACGAAUUUCCUUUUGAUUUUUCCAAUAUCAGAUCCGAUAUCUUUAUUUAUUCCGCCAACGAUAUUGAUGAACAUCCCAACACCCUUUCAAAGGCACACGGAAAAGAAGGUCCUUUGAAAAAAUUGCACGAUAAUUUUAACGGACAUACUCAUCAAUACUUCAAGUUGAAUACCGCUACAUCACCGGCGGAGAUAGCUCAUACCAAUUGGAAAUUCGUCGAAGCCCUGUUAAAAGAAUCUAAGUUUAGGACCAAGAGGAUGCUCGUAGAUAAGCUCACCAAGGAAAACAAGACCAGCGAAAAUCGCGAUUUGGUUGGCAAAGAUUUGGGAACAUUGAACGCGAUUUGCGACGAGGACCCAAAAUCCAUUACCUCCGAAAUGAACGUCGCCGAAAAUACGUUGACAGGUAAUCUCUGCGAUAUGCUGGAACGGAUUUGGAAUCACGGUUUUAUCAAACAACAAGAAGUCAAAUCAGCCCUUUGGCACAACAUGAUGACAUUUGUCAAAGAUAGGAACCCUCCCCGAGAUUCGAAUAGGCGUGAUUUGCUGUCCUGUCCUAACCUCACGUUUUCGCCUCCACUAUCCGCGACUCCAAUUUUAAACCUGAACAUUCCCGACUCGAUAUUGGGCUGUACCGAUAGCACGAGUAAUAACGAAAGCGAUGGCCGAUUCGAGUCCUUGGAUCUCGAGGAUAAUCUUUUGGGAGGCGCGAAAGCUAUCAUAAGGAAUCGCAUCAAUAGCCUGAAUAUAUCCUCAUUAUCCAACCUAAAAUCAACCCUGAAUAGCAAGCUAACAUCUACCCCCUUUAGUCCGCCCUUUAAAGCUAUAACCGGGGCUAAAAAUAAUCGCGAUCACCGAGAAAGUGACAAAGAGAGCCUCGCGGACAAUAAAGCCAAUUUUUUGGACUUGUUCGUGAGCAAGAGUCAGGACAUACUCUCGAAGUCCAUCUGGCCCAAGCAAAUCUAUAUCAGGAACGUCAAGGAUUCCAUUCUCUACAGGAAUUGGCAAUUACCCAAUUCCAUCGAAUUCGAUUUGAGUAACAUACAAACCCGCGUUAAAGAUAUCCAAAGUCAAAUAGGAUUGGUAAGGUGUUUCAUUAAACUGGCGCUCGAGCGGAAAUCGCUGCACUCUCAUUUGAACGCGCUCAUAUACGACGCCCCUCACGCCGAUCAAUAUCUCAGGAAAAAUUAUAAAAGGUACGCCUUUCUCAGAAGUGACGAGGAGAAGGAACAAUUUUUAUUUCACGUUCUAUCGCUAAAGGCCGUCGACUAUUACAGCUUCACUAACACGUUCGUUAACACAAUAAUCACCUACAGGCUAUUGUUUUUCCCGACUAAACCGGUCAAUUUUUAUCGAACGCUAAAUCUGCCCAACCUCGUUCUGGUCGGGAGCCUUAGAAGAACUCCCGUUAUCCACGUGCCUAACAAUUCUCUAGAAUAUGAUUUUCAACACCAAAAUUUGGGCAUACUGAGCGCUAUAAGACUGAUGGCUAAAGAAGAAAAUCUUAUCUCGAACGAUGAAAUUGUGGACAGUAAUCUCGCCAAAAACAAGGGUCAUUAUAACGAUAUCCUCAAAAUAUCCAAAAUAUUGGUAAGGAACGAAAUCACUGGAAGGAUUUACAAGUUCGUAAAUAACUUCGUCGGAAGUGGCAUGUACUCCAUCCAAAACGAUCUCUUCUUUUACUUCUCCCAAGUAUUACCUUACGAUGUCAAUUUAAUUAAAGAAUUCGAUGCCGACAAAUCAAACUAUCUCACGGAUAGUAUCAUUCAAACAAAAUUACAUCAGCACGAUAAAGCUGAUCAUCUCAAUAAUAUUCGUCGGAACGAAAAUCUCGGUCUUCCUAAUUCUCAUAAAUUGGAGAUUAAUAUCGGGGAGACGAGCGACUCCAUCAAAGCGUCGCUGGUCAGUUGCGUGAACGCUUUACACGCGAGCAUAAUCGCGCUCAACGGAAAUUACGAUAUGAACGGCAACGAUAAUAAGGCAUCUUCCCAAAUAGUUAUAUAUCUUUGCGGUAACGAUGGAUUGAUAAGCGGGAUCGAAAACGUUUUUCUAUAUGGCAAAAGAUCGCAUUCCAAGUUUUUUAAGCCCAUGGAACAUAUCUGGUCAUUUAUAGGCAAAAUCAACGAAUAUUUUACCAAAUUGAACGCGUUCCAUAGCGAAGGGUGGGACACGUGUACCAAACAUAACGUGUCCCGCAUAUUGAAUAUGUACGCAAAAAUGGAGAAAGGUAGUACCGUUAUUAACAGACGCGACAAACACACCAAAUUCACGGCCUUUAUUUGCCAGCUGUUCAAACAACAUUUAUUGCAUCAUUACAUACGCUUGAUAGCUCAGACUCCCCUCUCGGUUUCAGUUUAUACCGAAAAUUCUUUUUUCAGAGACCAAAAUUCGCUGAAAUUCAUACACGGAUUAUUCGAAAAAUUUGAAGAUAUAGAACUAGAAUCCAUUACCUUUUUAGACUUCUUUUAA